AUGACAGAUAAAGUUGCUUUUACAAUGAAACUUAAACCAAACGUAAUUAAUGAAUAUAAACGACGACAUGAUGAAAUCUGGCCUGAACUUGUAGCAUUACUUCAUGAACAUGGUAUAUCGGAUUAUUCAAUUUUUCUCGAUGAACAAUCAUUAACAUUAUUUGCUGUUCAAAAAGUUUCGUCAAAUACAAUUUCAUCUAAUAUUAAAUUACGUGAGAAUGAAAUCAUGCAACGUUGGUGGAAACAUAUGGCUGAUCUUAUGGAAACUAACGAUGAUCAAUCACCAGUUACUCAUCCACUUAAGCUGAUUUUUCAUAUGAAUUAA